AAGUACUGUACACAUUUGAGUUACUCCAUUUUCUAUUAUUUUAUCCCGUUACUCCACUCCAUUUAUUUGACAGCUUUAGUUAGUGUGCAUAUUUGUAAAUGAUAAGCAGCUUCCUUAUAUUAGUUAUUUAGUAUUAUAGUUAUGAAGAAAUUGAUGAAUCAAUAAUCAGAAUAAAAAAUACAUAAUAUAUAUUAUUCUCAGUAGAAAAUGUAGUUAUUUUGGCUGUAACAGAGUAUUUCCACACUGUAGUAUUUAAAAUAAACUGAUGGAAUGAAAUCAACUAGAUUUUACUCAAGCACAGUAAUUACAUACAAUUUCGAGGUGUUUUACUUAAGUAAUUCCAUUUUCUGUUGAUGUAUUCUGAUGUAAUCUGAUUACUUUAGUUACUAGUUAAUUUGCUUGUUGAAAUUAUUUAGUGUUGUUUGGCUAUUACCUGUGACGUUUCACCACUUAGACAGAGUGGUGUGCUGGCGCUGAGUGAGACCACAGAGAGGUGAUUACAGUCAGAGAAAGAAUGCAGCAUCAGAGCCAAUGUAUUGUAUGUUUUAAGUAAUCAAUUUUAUUUGUACUGGCACACAAAAGGCACUGAUACAGAUAAUUGGAAAACUGCUGAAUAUUGGUUUUAGCACUCAGUCUAUCUCAGCUGUUUUUUAGUUCUUUUCAUGUGCAUUUUUAUUUUAAAGUAUUUGUCCUUGCAGAAACUCUUUCGUGUAGACAAAAGUGCACGCCCGAAAAGCUUUGGACACAUCUGAAGCAAGGCUCCAAAAUCAUUCACAGCUCGUACAGUGAAACUUUUUUUCUUUUACUUUUGUUUAAAAUAAUGCACAUAACCUCACUGAUGAACUCCACGUGUUCCCAAAAUGUCUAAAAUCUAAGAGAAAGCAGCAAUAUCAUGAUGGCAAUCAUAGUGAAGGGGCGAUGGAUUAAUUAAUAGGUUGACGGCAAAUGAAAACCCCCAUUCGGGCCUGGAUAAUGACGUAGGCACGGCUCUCUCCUCUCACUUUGAUAAAUCUGUGCGAGAGAUGCUUUGCACCGCAGGUUGAUGGAGGGCUUGGCCAGGAUGGGACAUCUCUGCAUAAAUCUACAGGACUCCUGAGCUGUCUGUGUCGGUGUUGUUGUUGUUUGUUGUCUGUCCUCCUCCUCCUUCUCCAGUCCCCCUGCGAGGAAAUAGAAGCUGUCCAAGGUGAUAAUGCGGGAUCACACGUCCACUGUUCAUGUGGAGGAGCUGCUGAGGCAGUCUCAGAUGGAGCUGCAGUGGAUCCAGAGACAGCUGGCCAUGAUCUCUGCCAGAAACAUACACCAUCACCACCUGCACGCCAAAGCCAAGUUAAGGUAUGAGGUUUCUUCCCAGCCGGCGACGGGAAACUCAGUCUACAAUGUGAACCGCUUCCGAUUGCUGGAGGAGAGAAACCGAGCUCUGAAGCUUGAGUUAGCCACGCUUCGCCAAGAGAAACAGCAGUACAGGAAACUGAAAGCAAAGCUCCAUGCUGCCUUGCAGGAGAAGAAUCGCCUGAACCUUGAGCUGAUCAACCACCACCUGAAGGCGUCCAAGUAUGACCAGGUGAGAUCAGAUUAUGACCAGCUGAAACAGACCAUUGCCGAAGUGAGCCAGGAGAGAGACGAGGCCCAGCAGCAGAGGAGCCAUCUCCAAGGCAAAGUGGAGAACCUGGAACAGGUUCUAAAGCAUAUGCAUGAGGCUGUAGAGCUGAAGCAGCAGCUGCAGAUAGAGCAUGAGCAAGCCUUGGUGGCCCUUCACAUCAAGCAGAAGGAGAUCAAUCAACUGCAAAAGGUCAAGGUUCGUGACCUGGAGCAGCAAUGCAGGUCACAGAGUGAACACUACCAACAGCUGUCCAAAGAGCUGCUGAAUUUCCGUUUGCAAUCGGAGACUGCGGACAUCCUGAAGAUUAAGCCCACCUCCACAUCCCAGAGCCCCCUCUCACAAGAGAAGAAACUCCCACAAGUCAUCUUUGGAUUAAAACCCCAGCCAGAGACAGGCGAUGAGAGCGCGGCAAACACGCCGCUACUGAUCUCCCAGUUCUUGCCCUGCACACCACAGACUGGAGACAGAGAAAGACCAGAACUGCUGUCUGUCAAAUCCAGCACCGUGACAACGGACCGCCCCAGCAGCCCUCGACAGCUGACCCCCUCAGAGAUGGAGGAUGAGGCCAGCCCAUCACCCAGGUCCAAGCCUCGCUACACAGGCCAGGUCCGCCUUUGCACUGCCCGCUACAGUUAUAACCCAUAUGAUGGACCAAAUGAGCACCCUGAAGCAGAACUCCCCCUUGUGGCUGGAAAGUAUCUGUACGUCUAUGGAAACAUGGAUGACGAUGGCUUCUAUGAAGGGGAGCUGCUGGAUGGCCAGCGAGGACUCGUUCCUUCCAACUUUGUGGAGUUUGUCCAGGACAAGGAAAAACCAGCGAUACAGUUGGGGGACGGAGGGGAGGACCUUGGCCUGUUGGACCAUAACCCCUUGGCCUUGACAGCAGUGGAUGGAGGUACCUUGCAGGAUGGCAUCCUGGGCUCAUCCAACGCCUUGGUUCCCUGUAGCAAUGGGGCAGGGGGGCCCCUGGACCCUGAGGACCUGGCUGAAGACGUUGUGCCUUAUCCGCGAAAGAUCUCUUUGAUCAAGCAGCUGGCACGGAGCGUCAUUGUGGCCUGGGAGCCUCCACUAGUGCCUUUGGGCUGGGGGAACAUCUCUGGCUACAACGUGUUAGUUGAUGGGGAGCUUCGUGCCAGUAUCGCGUACGGUGGCCGGACCAAGUGUUUGCUGGAGAAGCUGGACUUGGACGGCUGCGUUCACCGGGUCUCGGUGCAGUGUGUCACCGACCGAGGCUUAUCAGACGAGCUGCGCUGCACCGUGCUGGUGGGAGCCAACGUGGUGGUGGCGCCGUGUGGUCUGCGGGUGGAUGACAUCCAGCGUGACACUGCCGAGCUCUCCUGGUUGCCUAGCAACAGUAACUAUGGUCACACCGUAUUCUUGGACGGGGCAGAGCACGCAGUGGUAAAGCCAGGAAGGUAUAGACUUCGCUUCCUCAACCUGAAGCCCCUGACCGUGUACAAAGUGACAGUGGUGGCUCAGCCGCACCAGGUGCCAUGGCAGCUGCCGCUGGAGCAGAGGGAGAGGAAAGAAGCUGGUGUGGAGUUCUGCACUCAGGCUGCAGGACCUCCCCUGCCUCCCCAGGACGUACAGGUGCUCUGUGGGCAGGCUCCAGGGGUACUACAGGUCCACUGGAAGCCCCCCAUCCUUUCUCCCACGGGCACGUCCAACGGGGCGAAUGUCGUUGGCUACGCAGUCUGCACUAAAGGACAGAGGAUAGCUGAGGUGUUGUACCCAAUGGCCGACUACGUUGCCGUCGAGAUGACAAGGAUUCAGUGCCUGGAGGCCAGGGAAGUGAUUGUCCGGACGCUGUCAGUACAGGGAGAAUCCCAGGACUCCCAAGUCGCCGUCAUUCCAAACAACCUGCUCGUGCCUCUACCUGCGCUUCCCCUGCCGCCGCCAAUGCACCCCCACGCAGGCCCGCCUCCACACCCCCACGCUCAACCCCACCUCCAAUCCCCGCGCCUCCCCCAACUUCCUGCUCCCCCCCAGGCACACGGACAACCGCUCCAACCCCAUCCUCCUCACGCUCAACCUCACCCUAGACUUCCCCACCCAGGUGGACCCCAGCAACCCCAGCUCCGACCCCCACAUCCUCAGCCUCAACAUCUCCAGCCUCGCCCACCCCACCAAGGUCCCAGGCCCCAGCACCAACUGCCUCUGCUACCCCACCACCAACACCACCCUAUACCUCAGAGACCAGUAUGUGCCAGAGACCUGGAUGCCAAAGAGCACGCAGCCCACCAUGGGGGAGCUAUUCCACCUGGCCAGCCUGGCUGGGACCCCAACCGCUCUCCUUCUGCUCAGCCUCCUCCGCCCAUGCAAGGCCACACCCUGGAGGCCCCUCCCCCUCCCAAUCCACGCUCCCCUUCCCCGCAGAGGAUUCUCCCACAGCCCAGAGGCACGCUGAUCCCCGACACGGUGGCCAAAGCCAUCGCAAGGGAAGCAGCGCAGAGGGUCGCAGCAGAGAGUGGCAAGGGAGACAGGAUGCAAGUCAGAUACGGAGAGCAGGGUCAUUCAUUUCACCAGCAUCACUCCGAUGAGGAGGAGGAGGACGAGGAAGGCUUUGCACGCGGCCGUCGGAGAGGACCCUCAGUUGACGAGUUCCUCCGAGGUUCUGAGCUGGGGAGGCCGCCUCACUAUAGUCACAAUGAAGAUUAUCACAGCGAAAGCAGCCGGGGCUCUGACCUGUCUGACAUCAUGGAAGAGGAUGAGGAGGAGCUGUACUCUGAGAUGCAGCUGGAAGAGGGACGCCGACGCAACUCGCACAACACACCCAAGGGCAACACUCCCGCUGGAGGCCGCCAUGACCGGGAGACCGGGAGAAGAAUUCACCACGGCGGUCCCCAGCCUCAGAGACGGCCUCUAAUGGUCCCCUCCAUUGAUGGCUACAGGGACCGGGAUCGCCGCUCUCCCACGUACUACGAUGAGUCGGAGCCCGAGGAGUCCUUCCGCAUCUUCGUGGCUCUCUUCGACUACGAUCCUCUGUCCAUGUCCCCGAACCCAGAUGCAGCUGACGAAGAGCUACCCUUCAAAGAGGGGCAGAUCAUUAGGAUAUACGGUGAUAAAGAUACAGACGGGUUUUACCGAGGAGAAGUGCGUGGCAGGAUGGGACUGAUCCCCUGUAACAUGGUAUCAGAGAUCCAAGCUGAUGACGAGGAGACACUGGACCAACUCAUGAAGCAAGGCUUCCUGCCGCUCAGCACCCCUGUGGACAGAAUAGAGCAGAACAGAAGAGGCCAGCGUCGAGAUCAGGCCUCGAGGAGGAUGGUGGCUUUGUACGACUACGACCCCCGAGAGAGCUCCCCCAAUGUUGAUGUCGAGGCUGAGCUGACUUUCUGUGCUGGUGACAUCAUCGCUGUAUUUGGAGACAUCGAUGAAGAUGGAUUCUAUUAUGGUGAGAUGAACGGCCACCGCGGUCUGGUCCCCUCUAACUUCCUGGAAGAAGUGCCUGACGACGUGGAGGUGUAUCUGACCGAUACUCCGUCCCACUACCCCCAGGAAGAGCCUGCCAGCCGGCCCCCCGCCAACUCUGCCGCCACCAACGUCUCAGAGGGCAAACGGGCUGCCACGGAAACCACCGACACGGUCGAGAGCGACAGCGUCGCGCCCGUCCGAGCGCCGUCCCCGAUCGUUCGACCCCUCCUCCCGGGCACCAUGAGACCCCUGAGCCCUUCGAGGGGCCCCCGCAUCCCGCUGGAGACGCGGGACCCCCGGGACUCCCAAGAUCUGGCGAACAAGAAGAAGAAAGGACUGCUCUCCAAGGGGAAGAAGCUGCUGAAGAGACUCUCCCCUGUGAAAUAACAAAGAACAAAAAAAAAAAAAAGAAAAGAAUAACAUGUACAAUACGUGCACCUGCCGGGCUCUGUAUAUUGCAUCCAUACAAUCAACUCUGCUCGGGCAGAGAGGAUGUGAGCUUUGUCUCCCGGGCCUGUGUGAGCCUAUUCGAAAUAUAACCAGUGGUAGAAAUCAUUCAUGUUUGGUGAUGGAUACAAAUCAAACUAAGUUAUGUACAGUGCAGUGCCAAAAUCAAGAGAGAGAGGUCGCCUGCAGACACAAAAACAUAUUACUGUGAUGUAUUUAAAGAAGAAAAAAAACACAAAAAACUACAAAAAAAACUAGGAUUUUCAUGACAUGUACUUUCCUCUCUUUUCUUCACCAUUUGUUAAAGGAGCUAUAUAUUUUGAAGCAGAGUUAGCUGUGAGAAACAUCCGGCGACGUCCGAAGUCUGAAGGUCGCCGCAGGGGAAAAAACAGAGACCACGACCCCUCGGGAGGAAAAAAAUAAUAAUAAAAACUCAAGUAGACUACACUGUUAUCGAGGCAUUCUGCGAAAGCAAUGCUGGCUGCUAACACUCAAAAGGCUUUAUUCAGUGCAAUAUCACAGAGAAAGGCGGUAGCAAAUGUGGGAAGAAAAGCAAACAUUUUCCACGUGUUACCUGCGAUU